UUCGACUGCCUGCUUCAGCAGAGGACCUGACUGAAUCCGGACAAACAACAUGUCCGGGCAAAUACAGAGCUAAGUUGCAGUCCUAACUUCACAAUCAGAUGCAGGGGAAAAGAUCCUGCAUCUGAAACAGCUCUGUGUAUUUUUCUUCAGCCUGUACAGGGAAGUGAACACCAAUGGAGCUGAAAGCUGGAUGCUGAGGAAAAACCCUGCUCAUCGGACUGCAUCCCGGUCAAAGAACGUGGCCUCCAAGCUAUCCAGACCACGCCGUUAGCCACAUGCUGCUGCAAGGCUAACGCUAGCCUGCCAUGAAGAAACCAACAACUUCCUCCUUCAACAUCCCUUCCGUGAAUGGGCAAACUGAACAGAACUGAAAAGGGCAGAUGGAGCCAGAACGUCUCACAUCUGAAGCUACACCUGUGGUGGACCAAGCAGACAUAGAGAGGCAGAAGGUUGUCAUUGGCGACCUCAUCAAGUUAUCUGCAGAUGAGUUAAAUAAUUUAAACAAUCUUAACCUUGCUGAAUGCGAUAAAAUGAUUAAGGAACUAAUGGAUUUUAUUGCAAACCCAACUAAAGAUGCUCUGAUUACAGAUGUUCUUUGCCAGAUCACCCUGCUGCAUCAGCAAAGAUCCCAACUGAAAGCUAAACAGUUUCUUCAGUUACAGGUUGAGCAUCAGAUGGUUUUAGACAAUGUGAGUGCUGCCAAACUGGAGCUCUCAGAGACCGAGGUGAGGAUGGAGGAAGCUGAUGCUGAGACCAAGGACCUCAAAGCUCCUGAUGUCAGCGAGGCUGCAUCUCACCAGAGAAGUGAGUUCUCCACCCCUCAGGUGAUAUCUUCACACGAUCAACCUCAGCAGGUUGAAUCAUUGCAGGAGCUGGAAUCACAGAACAGCUCUGCAGUUUCUAACACAGCAUCUAGAACAGAACCAGUCUUGCCAAAAUUUAGAACAGAACCUCUAAAUUUUGAGUUCACAGGAAGUACUUCCACAGCCUCCAUGGGAGAUGCUGGAAGUCAGACUGUCCACAAUGAAGCCGUGCUUCAUUCUGCUGCAGUGGACAGCCUCAAAGAGUGCCAGGUAAACAACUCUGCAGACACAGGUGGUUCAGAUUGGAGGGAUGAGCAGACAUCACACCUGACUCGUUUUCGCCAACUUGAGUAUCUUGCUCAGGACAUAGAACAGUUCGACCCAGAUAAUCAUGAUUCCAACAUCCAUAAUUAUCUGCAGGAAGUCGAAUGCUGUCUUUUUGACCUGCCAUUUCCCUCAUCUCGUGAGAAACUAAAGCUUAUUUGGAAAACAACAGCUAGAAGCGUUCAUGUUUUCAUUAAAGCUCCACCUCCAGAGAUUCGUGACAGUUAUUCCUUAGCUUAGCUUCUUUUUAUCUUCAUUUUGCUUAGUAGUUUAGUUAAGUUUCACUAUCCUAGUAGAUGAUUUAUUAAUCGAAAUAUUGUGUUAAUUCAGGUAAAUUGCACAACAGCUGACAUGAUGAAUUUUGGCCAGCAUGUCAUACCACACAAUGCUACAAAUGGAGAAGCGGUAUGACCCAACCUCUUCAGCCAAAGACUGUGCCUCAGUUUGAAUCAUGGAAUCUGUGGCUUUCUCCCUGAUCUCAAGAAGGGCAUCCCUCACCUCCGCUGUCUGGAAUCUCACAGCCUGUACACUGUUAAUGCGACUCUCCCAUCUUGUGUCUGACCAGGAUUUCACAGUUGUUUUGACAUGGUGCUUUAGGAUGGUCCACCUUUGUGUGGAGGCAGAGAAUAGUGUAAAAAUUCUCUGUAGGUAGCCAAAAUAGUUCAUUGCAUCUGUGGAGCUUUUUGCUGCAUCAGCAACAACAAGAUUUAAAGUAUGUGCUCCGCAUGGGACAAAUUAAGACCAGGGAUUUUGUUUCAAAAGUCUGGCUUGGACGCCUUUUGACUUUGCCUUCAUGUUGGCGCCGUUGUCGUAAGACUGUCCCCGGCAAUCUUCAAAGGGAAGGUUGAAUUCUUCUAGUCUCCUCAGAAUAAGGUUGGAGAGGCUUUCUCCUGUGAAUGACUCCACCUGAAGGAACCCCAUGAAAUGUUCUUUUACUGUAGGGGUGUCUGUGUCAUCUACUGCAACCAUUCUAACUAUAACAGAUAACAGUUCUAUGUGGCUGAGGUCUGGGGUGCAAUCCAAAAUAAUUGAAUAAUAUUUGACUUGCUUUAUCUCCUUUAACAUAUAUUGUAAAACUUUUUCACCAAUGCAAUCAAUUAGUUCAUUUUGAGUAUCCUUUGAUAAGUAUGUUGUAUGGCUGUGUCCUUCCUCCACAUCAGCAACAUGCUGUCUGAGGACAGAGUCAAACUUGGCCAUGAGCUCAACUUCCUUAAGAAAGCAUCCGUUAUUUGGCUGGUAUAGCUUGUCUGAGUUCCCCCGCAGGGGAAUAUUUUGCUCGGCCAAAGACUGUAUUAUGGCUACCAACCUGGUCAGGACUUUAAGCCACUUCCUCCUUUCAGCUUGAAGGAGUGUCAUUUCUAUUUGGUAAAUUGUCUGGCCCUGUUCAAGUCGAGUCUCCAAUUCCUUCCAUGCGGUCAUGUGCCCCAAAUGCUCUGGACUGGCUUUUCAGGAGCUCACUACAAUUCUUCCAGUCAUUUAGGCCACUACUAAUGAGGUUGUAAUUCUUCUGUGAAAAGAGCUUGCAGCAGAAGCAAUACAGAGUAUUGUGUUUCCUUGAAUAUACAAGCCAGCUUCUCUUGAUUUUCUCCCUAUUUACUAAUUUCCUGUAGAAGUGGUUGUAGUGGCAGCUUCUCCCAUCAUCUCUUUUUGGAAAUGUAAAGUCUGGACUGGUCUGAUAUGGUCCUCUGCUAACUAACUCUGUCCUUACCGCAUCACAGAGGGCUGGCCAGUCACCAGGGUCUACAGGUUCUCUCUGGAUAUCAGGAAUUGUGGAGGGUGAGGUGUCUGCAGGUGGCAGUGUAGUAGCAGAGCAUGUUGUGAUUGAUGUUCCUUCACCUAAAAGCAAAUGCAUACAUGCAAAAUGGAUGUUAAUGUUUUAAUAGGGGUACACUACAGUGGCCGACUGGUGCAAGCGACCUCCAAUUUAUGACAAAACAUUCAAAUCCAUAAAACAUUUGCAAAUAGACAAGACAAGAGCAACUUAAGAAAACAUCUUCAUCAAUUUGAAAACACAUGUGCAGCAAUCUUUAAAAAAAGCACUAUGAAUUCGCACUACGCAACACAGUUCAGAAACAUGCUGCAAAUUCAGAAAACAAAACAAAAUUCACAAAACAAAACAGUGCUGAUUUCAUUUAUCUAAUGAACUGCACUAAGAACAUAUCACUUUCGCACAUUACAUGUUACUUUGUUUGUCUUCCUUUGAUUCGUAUUAUCUUGAAGUAAAUGAGCUGCACUAUUCAUUAUCCUAUACUGUCACCUACUGCUUACAAAAGGCAACAACAUGAGUAAUUACAUGGCUACAAUUCCUUGAAAUGGACAUUAAGUGUUGAAUAUUUCUAAUCGUGUUUUGUCUAUUUGCAAAUGUCAUUUGCGCCAGUCGGCUACUGUAGUCAAGGAGAGUCAAUGUCAAGCAGAAAUGCAAUAACAAAUGUACUCUUCAUUUUAUCCAUAUCCAUAAAAUGUUCUUAAUUCGUUUGUGCUGUUUUCCGAGAUUCGUCAAUGAUCUUAUAAGUUAUAAUACAACAGACAGUAAAUAUAUAUAAAAAUGUACAUUAUUACUAUGCUGUGCUUCAGCUAUACAUUACUAUACUAUAGACCAGCAUAUAGAGUAUAAUGGUAGAUCUGUGUUUCACUGGUGCCUGGAAUGUGGCUCCUUCAGAUCAGUGGCCAGAUCAGUGGUGUUCAAUACAACUGUGGAUGAAGUUACUUUCAUAGGGAUGGAAUGUUAUUGUGAUAUCCAUGUGUUUUCAUUUCUAGUAUAUUUUGUCAGAUGGUUGUAGACUUGAAUUAGUUAUUCAAAGGACUAACUACCUUCAGGCUGCGUGUCCCUGGUCUCAGCUGUCUGUGUUUCACUGGCGCCCAGAGUGCUUGGUGUGGUCCUGGAUGUCCCUUCAUCUUCAUCACCUGGAUUCAGCAUAUUGUAUAGCCAGACAAGCGGUGUUUAAUAAGUGAAAUGAUCAUGGAUGUGGUUGAACUUCUUUAAGAAAACAAGCUACUGCAUUUUGACACAUGCUAAAAAUGUUCUAUUGUACUUCAAAGUAUAGAUGUGGCCUGAAUAAAUACUAUUAAAAAUAA